AUGAAGGGCCGCCGACGGUGGCGGUGGCGGGGGGAGCACCGCCGCUUCGCCGCGGUGCUGGUGCUGUACACGCUGCUGCUGCUUCUGCUAGUGCCCUACGCGCUGGACUACGGGGCCAGGCGGAGCCGGGCAGAAGAAGAGCCGCUGCUGCGGCGCUGUCCUAGCCUGGAGGAGGCGCUGAGCGAGUGGGGCUGGGAGCAGCAGCAGUCACCGCUGGACGACGAGCAGGAGGAUGAGGAGAGCACGCCCGGAGCUGCGAGUAACGGCAGCGCGGUGCGGAAGCGGCACAUCUACCUGCACGCUACCUGGCGCACGGGCUCCUCCUUUCUGGGGGAGCUCUUCAAUCAGCAUCCCGACGUGUUCUACCUCUACGAGCCCAUGUGGCACCUGUGGCAGGCCCUCUACCCCGGGGACGCGCUGAGCCUGCAGGGCGCCCUCCGCGACAUGCUGCGUGCCCUCUUCCGAUGCGACUUCUCCGUCCUGCGCCUCUACGCCGCCCCGCCCGGCCCCCGCGACCCGCUGGCUCCCGCCCCGCCCGCCGCCCCCAACCUCACCACGGCCAGCAUCUUCGGCUGGCGGACCAACAAGGUGAUCUGCUCGCCGCCGCUCUGCCCCGCCGCCCCGCGGCCCCGCCAGGAGAUCGGCCUCGUCGACGGCGCCGCCUGCGAGGAGACGUGCCCUCCGCGGGCGCUGCGGGAGCUGGAAGCCGAGUGCCGCAAGUACCCUGUGGUGGUCAUCAAGGACGUGCGGCUGCUGGAGCUGGGCGCCCUGCUGCCGCUGCUGCGGGAGCCCGGCCUCAACCUGCGGGUGGUGCAGCUCUUCCGCGACCCCCGCGCCGUUCACAACUCCCGCCUGAAGGCACGGCAGGCGCUGCUGCGGGAGAGCAUCCAGGUGCUGCGGAGCCGCCACCGCGCCGAGCCGCGGGGACCAAGCCGCCAGCAGCAGCAGCAGCUCCUGCUGCCACCCGGCCUGCUGGGCGGCGGGCGGGCGCCGCAGCCGCAGCACCGCGCUGAGUUCUUCCUCGGCGGUGCCCUAGAGGUGAUCUGCCAGGCCUGGCUCCGUGACCUCCUCCUGGCGCGCCGCGCCCCGGCCUGGCUCCGCCGCCGCUACACGCAGCUCCGCUACGAGGACCUGGUGCGGGAGCCCCGCGCCCAGCUGCGCCGCCUGCUGCGCUUCGCCGGGCUGCCGGUGCCGCCCGCACUGGAGUCCUUCGUGCACAACAUGACCCGCGGCGCCGCCUAUUCUUCCGACCGGCCCUUCCUCAUCUCCGCCCGCGACGCGCGGGAGGCAAUCCACGCCUGGCGGGAGCGCCUUAGCCGGCAGCAGGUGCGGCAGGUGGAGGCCGCCUGCGGCGAGGCCAUGAGCCUCCUCUCCUACCCCCUCAGUGGCGGCGACGCCCGGUAG